CGCUCAAAAAAAAAAACUGGUCUGCUCAACCACUGCAACCUGCUGCUGCUGCUCCAGAGCUUGCAGAGGACGAACGGAACCGCAAUCUGGAUCUCUCGCCUCGCCGUGGGAGUUCCAGAAGCUACCGGCCGGCGUCCAACUCCGGGGGUCUUGUGGGCGGCGAAAGCAGCUAGGGCGGCGGAGCAAUCAAAGCACAAGCAACCAACACUGCGCUCAAUGAGGACGAGCAGAUGAGGAAGAACUGGGGCCUCGGCUCGGGUCCCGGCCGGCCGUUCAGUGACCGGCGGUGGCUGCUCCCGUUCCUCGCCAGCCUCCUCGUCUCGGCGACCCUCUUCCUCGCCGCCGCCUGCGGCCUCUUCGCGCCGCCCUACUUGGCCAGCGACGACGCCUUCCUCUUCGACGUGGUCUCCUUCACCGACUGGGAUGACGGCAGCGGCUCGCCGUCGCAGCAAGAAGCCAGCUCCGUCGGCCCGGGGACCGCCAACCGGCUGUUGAACGGCGAUGACGACAAUGAGAACCCCGACAACGCCGCCGUGAACUCGGACGACUCCGACGCCGAGGCGCCGCGGCUGGCGUAUCUCCUCGAGGGCACCAAGGGGGACGGGCUUCGGAUGCGGAGGGUGCUGCAGGCGAUAUACCACCCGCGCAACCAGUACAUCCUGCAUUUGGAUCUGGAGGCGCCGCCGCGGGAGAGGAUCGACCUGGCCAUGUAUGUCAAGGGUGACCCCAUGUUCAGCCAGGUUGGGAAUGUUCGGGUCAUCGCCAAGGGCAACCUGGUGACGUACAAGGGGCCGACGAUGGUCGCUUGCACGCUACACGCCGUGGCGAUGCUGCUCAAAGAAGGGCUGGAGUGGGAUUGGUUCAUCAACCUCAGCGCGUCAGAUUAUCCUCUCAUGACACAAGAUGAUAUACUUCAUGUGUUCUCGUCUUUGCCAAGAAAUCUUAAUUUUGUAGAGCAUAUGCAAAUAUCAGGAUGGAAACUGAUGCAAAGAGCAAAACCAAUUGUUCUGGACCCAGGGCUCUAUCUGUCAAAAAAGUUUGACCUUUCCACGACUGCUGAGCGGCGAGAACUGCCAACGUCUUUCAAAUUAUAUACUGGUUCUGCCUGGAUAAUGCUCACAAAAAACUUCCUUGAGUAUUGCAUCUGGGGGUGGGACAACCUCCCACGUACUGUCCUGAUGUACUACGUCAAUUUCAUCUCCUCACCAGAAGGUUAUUUCCAUACUGUCAUCUGCAACUCCGAUGAGUUCCGGGGCACCGCAGUUGGCCACGACCUGCAUUACAUUUCCUGGGACUACCCUGCAAAGCAGCACCCGCUGACCCUGUCCAUGAAGGACUUCAACAACAUGGUCAAGAGUGGCGCGCCCUUUGCGCGGAAGUUUCCCAAGGAAGACAAGGUCCUGGACAGGAUAGACCGUGAGCUCUUGCACCGCUCCGAAGGUCGGUUCACUCCUGGAGCAUGGUGUGACGGGAGCUCUGACGGAGGGGCUGAUCCUUGUUCAUCUAGGGACGAAGACUCUGUCUUCGAGCCUGGUCCAGGCGCCGAGAGGCUGCGAGUCUUGAUGAAGAAGGUGCUGUCAUGGGACUACCGCAAUGGCAGCUGUUCCUCGCUCUCGUACGAUCAGAAAAAGAGAGACUGGUAUGUUCCCAGGAGCAAAGGAUGAAUCUUUCUUGCUUGCUGAUAUGCAAUCUUGUAAAUGAAGACUUGACCCCUUCCACUGAAAUGAACAAUGCUGAUCAAUGCAAAGUACUCUAUGACCAAGGAAGAUGUCGAAACAGUGUUGUGUAUACAUGUCAACAUAGCAGAACUACGAUGCGCACGGCUGGCCAUCUCGGGUAGUCAGUAACAAUUGUAAAGGACUUCUUUUCCAGAUCUGCAAUCUUUGCUCUAGUCAAAACCAGAAAGGAGUCCCAUCUCUCAUUUGUUCUUUCAGUGACCAAGAUUUUCAUUUCCCUAGUUUUCUGUCACUGCACAUCGCCCACCGGCAAAUCGGAAUAUAUCCGAAUUUUGACUGACCUGAAAAA